UGAACGGCUGAUGAGGAAUCACGCACACUCCCAAAAAUGACAGAUCCAAAUGAACUCAAGGUUGAAGCCCUCUUGGACAUCAUCAACUCCUCAGCACGCAAAGCAAUGGCGGAAUACAAGAGCACUAAACAUGGAGUCCCUAGUGUCGAUGCAGACACCCUCCACCCCCUCGAUCUUGCGACAGAUACACUUGCCCUCAGAAAGGCAAUCAGGCUGCUCGAAGGUGCAUGUGAGCAAUUGAACACAAUACUAGCUCCCCCUCAACACACGGUAUAUAAUUUUGUUAACAAUUACAAUUGGGCAUGCAUAGACGUCGCUGUGCAAUCACGUAUUGCAGACGUCUUGGACAGACACCCGGAAGGUCUUAGCGUGGAUGUGUUGGCUGACGCUGUUAACCUCGAUAAGACCAAGGUCGCACGCGUGUUGCGAGGUUUGGCCCUCAGGGGUUGCUUCAAAGAAGUCAAGCGAGACGUAUUUGCAAACACACGACUCUCCCUCGUGCUCAAGGCAACAAAUAACGUCAGGUUUUUUAUAGAAAUUCAGCGAGAAUUCCCAAGAUAUGCUACAGUUCUCUAUGAGACGAUGGUCGACCAAGAGUUUGCAAGGUCAGACAAGCUUGAAAGAGCCCCACGAGCAUUUGCUCUCAGAAAGGAAGGCAAAAAGAACGGCUUCUGGGAUAUGGACGAUGAGGCACGCGAUAUAUUUCACAAAGCCAUGAUGGGCUAUUCUGAGAUCCUAAACUUUUCUGCGGUGCUGCAUUACUACCCUUGGGACAACGUAUCCUCUGUGGUGGAUGUUGGAUCUGGAACCGGAGCAAUGUCUAUUCCUCUGGCGAAAAUGUUCCCUCAUCUCAGAAUAACCAAUCAGGAACUCCCAGAAACCAUAAUGCUGUCAAGAAACACAUGGGAGAAGAAUGCUCCCGAGAUGCUGCUCGACGGGCGUAUAGAGUUCGUGCCACUGAAUUUCCUGGAGGAGUCACCUGUCGUCGGAAAGGAUGUUUACUACUUAAGGAGCAUCAUUCAUAACUGGCCGGAUGAGGAGUCAAAGGUGAUUCUCCGUAAUGUUCGCAAAGCAAUGGGACCAAACAGCCGAGUGUUGAUUCAUGACUGCGUGCUCUCGCGCGCAUUCGGAGAGCCUGACGUAGGGGCUAGCGAGUCCUGCAAAGAUCAUAAGGCGCUCGAACCUACAUUACUGAACUUCGGUAGUCACAUACCACACCAGAUGGGCAUGAUCAUGUGGUUUCUUUACAAUGGCAAGAAGCGAACUUUGAAGGAAUUCAAGGAUAUUGGGGCCAGUGCUGGUCUGGUGCUCACCCAAACCUAUGAUCUUGUAGGGACGAUGCUCUUGGAGUUCGCAAUCGCUCAGGACUGAGUACUGAUGCCGAACACAUUCUGUGAUCUUCUGUUAUU